AUGACGGAUCAGUAUCUGCAAGAGCAGCAUGCCCUUACCAUUGCCCGCACCGUCCAGAGAGAACGACAGCUUGCCCAGGCCCGCCUAGAUUCUGACCAUGGUGAUAGUUGGGUCAUGAUCACCCAAACGGGUGAUAUCAACCCUCUUCCUCACGAACACAUCAGACACAGAUCCAAUGCCAAAGUAAGCCUCGAGCUGUCGGUACCCAAGGCCUUACAGCAAGGAAGGACGCCCUUUGCGCGCAAGAGCGACAAUGGCACAGCAUACAUCACAACACAGCGGGUCAUUUACAUUCCUGCAAAACCUACCGCCGACUUCAAGUCGUUCCACGCGCCAAUCUUGAACUGCGCCGAUUCCUACGUUGGCUCGCCGUUCUUUGGCGCCUGGUUCUGGUCCGCCACCGUCGUGCCCGUCUCCGGAGGCGGCGUGCCUGCCGACAUACCACGGGUCGAGGUGAAGAUGAGCUUCAAGGAGGGCGGCCAUAGCGAGUUCCGGCAAAGGUUCGAAGAGCUCAAGGAACGUCUUGAACAUGUGAGGCGUCUGCAGCAGGAAACGGGACAGACGGUCAACAUUCCGGACGAGCCGCUGCCGGCCUACGAAGCAACCGAGGGCGGCGGAGCAGCUCCGAGCAAUCUGGCGCCGCAACAGCAGCAGCAGCAGCAGCAACAGGAAGAGUCGGCAGGCCGGCCGGCAAGUUCAGGGGGUCAGAAUGCGAACCGGCGUCCGGACGAACCCCCACCAGAUUAUGACGAGGCGCAAGCACAGACGCUCAGCAUGCGACUCGAGGAUCACGUUCGCGAAGAGUCUGACAGAGCAUAG